AUGAGUCAGCCAACAGCACAGGAUGCAAUGGAUGUUGAGGAAACACAACAGCCGGUUAUUUGUCGUGGCAGAGAUGAAUCUCUUAUUUUAGCUCCAGAAGAGAUGCAAGAAGAAGGAGGAUCAAGGCCUGGAAUGGAUGGAAUGGAUGAAGAGGCAGCAUGGACACAAUAUGGAAUACGUGCAGUACAGUCAAUUGAAGGAUGGAUUAUUCUUGUUACAGGACUACAUGAGGAAACAUCAGAAGAAGAUCUUCAGGAUAAGUUCUCGGAGUACGGGGAGAUUAAGAAUCUGCAUCUCAAUCUUGAUCGGAGAACAGGCUAUGUAAAGGGAUAUGCACUACUUGAAUAUACCCAUUUAUCCGAAGCAAAAGCAGCGAUUGCACAUUGUAAUGGAACACAGCUAUUAGAAUCAACAUUAUCUGUUGACUUUGCGUUUGUCCAGCCUGUUGAGAAUGUACCGAUACAGCGCGAUGCUCGUAGUGAAAGUCCAGUACAAUUAGAUCCACCUGUCUCGAAUACACAUCCAGUUCAAGCUUGA